CUACUUUUUUUUUCUUCGAACUUUUUCUGUCAGAAAAAAAGGAAAACGAGCCGACCCUCCUUGUCAUAAACUGACUAUUUCCUUAUUUUUGCUCAUUAACGUGUGCGCUGGAAAUGUGUCAGCUGCCGGCCCGCAGGCGACAACUCAAGCGUUUUUGGUGAGAAAGGGCGACGUCGAGUGAUUCUGGGCUAGUCAGCAGCCACAUAACGGAGCCCAGUCUUUAUCAUGGAAGAUGGUGCAAAAGAGGACCCAGCCCUCCAGAAAGAGCCUAAGUUCCUGAGUAAGGCUGGCUGGUUGAAGAAGGGCUAUGGCAGACUGCUGGCAAGCUAUAAAGACCGCUACAUCCAGGUGGAGAAGACCGAGAUUGUGGUGUAUGAAAAUGAGGACCUACAGAACUGCUUGGAGAGGCUUGACCUGGAAAACUAUGACAAAUGUCAUGAAUUAAAGAGCCCCUUCACGAAGAAGCAAAGACUUAUACUCAUACGAUCGGCAAAGUCCACAAAUAAGGUCCAUGAUGUUAAAUUCCAGGCUCAGACAGUGGAGGACAAGGAGGCUUGGAUUAAAGCCCUCAGUGAUGGCAUUAAUCGAGCAAAGAAUAAAAUUUUUGAUGAGGUGAAGAUUGAUCAAAGCAGCAACUUAGAGCACGUUACUCGAACAAGACCCAAAGGGAACCGCAACCGGCGUCCACCGACCAGGAUACACAUGAAAGAGGUAGCUGAUGUGUCAUCUGAUGGAAUCCUGCGCUUGGAUCUUGAUCUUGAAGAUGCCGUAAUGCCUAAUGGAGCACGUUAUGCCAAUGUUGAUGGCAGUGAGACCUCCAAAGAGAAACAGUUGGUGUCAAUUACCGAGGAGGAAGCUCAGCCAGAUCCAGACGUCAGUCCCCCAAAAAAGGUCAUCAAACCUCCAAUGCCGCCUAUCAAGGAGGCUAAACCCAGCACAGCACAUGAAGAUGAACCUCAAAAGAAUGAUGGUUCAGAGAAAAAGGUACCAAUGCCCCCAUCGAAAGAAGCAAAACCCUGUGCUUCACCUGUUGAAGAAACUACAGAAGAGGCAAAACAUGAGAAGAUUUCUGAAACAAGUUCUGAUGCCAGUAAAAAGGCAGCUCCACCACCAAUGCCUCCCAAUAAACCCAGCUCUGUGAGUAAUGUUGAUGCUUUACAGUCCAAGCCACACUCUCACCCUCCUAUGCCUCCAUCCAAGGAGAAGAAGCCCUCCCAUUCUGGCUCUGAGACAGACCAGCAGGUUGAAGGGAUUAGUAAUGAGGAUAAUGAGAAGGAAGAUGAAAGUAGGAAGGAGACUAUAGAAACAGCGGUGGAAACAGAUGAGGCAGUGCAGCUGAUUGCUAAAGAAACGUCACCUGAUGUGAAAGAUGAUAAACACGAGAGUCACUGCACAGAAGAAACAGUUAGCAGCAACACAAAGAUGGUAUCUGACUGUGGGGAACAAAUACCCACAGAGUCACUGAGAAAGAGUCCAAGUUCCCAUCCAAAAUUCAACAAAAAGCCUGAUGAAUGUGCCGAGCCUGACAUACAGCGGAUAGAGAGCACCUCGGCUAAGAGUAAUCCUAAAGAGGGACCCGACAAUACUGCCUCAGUCAAUUCUGUCGAUUCAAAAGACGCACUGGCCGAGAGUGAAGUCCCCUCUUUGAAUGACUCAACCACUGAGACCCUUACCCUGAGUCCACUGCUUUAUCACUUGUCCGGGGAGAAAAAAAAGCAAGAUGAGAAAUCUGUAGACAGUGGUCAGCACUCAGAUGAUGAGAGUGAAAGCUCUGGAAGUCAAGACACAUUGGUAGCUGCUACAGCUGCACUCAGGGGAAGCCAUUCUGCUUUGGAUGUGGUGGAUGCUAGUGAGGACAGCAUUCAGGUAUCUGUUAUUUUAAGACCAGCACAGGUCACGACAGUGCCUCAGGUUAGCUCUAAGAACAUAAAACCCAUCCUUCCUCUCAAGCCCUCAGCCAAGGGCAGGUCAGCCUCAAUUGGAAAUUUGCUGUCUGAAUCUGAUGUCUGUAAUCAGAUGAAAGAGUCUAGCAGAGGUGGAGCUGUGAGUGCUGGGGGUUCUAGUGAUGAUGUCAUUAAACUUGAGACUGAAGUGGCUCUAGAGAUGGAAAAGACGAGCAAGCUCUUGAGCAAAGUGUCCCAGGACCAUGGAAGUGAAGAGGAGGAUGUACCGGGGGAUUUGCUGGCUGAGGCCAUGGAGAAGCUGAAGAAGGCAGACCACGUCCUCAGGGAGGUCAAGAAACUGAAAUUUGCAACAAACGGAAGCAAAAGGAAGAGUUGGUGAACGUCAGACACUGACUGAAAUUGACCAACUGAUAAACCCUUUACCUAGACAGUGAUAGUGCAGUCACAUCAUGGAAAAUGUAAAAAGACCCCACUAAAUACAAUUUGCCUAAAAGUGAAGGGCCAGUGGUAUUCUGUAUCAUCACAGAUGGUCGUUUAUGAUGAGCUUAUUCACUCUGUAUGAUCAUGGUGUGCAGGCCUGACCUGGACACUGUAUUGGAUUCAAUUCAGUUCAAUUUUAUUUACAGUAUUGUGCAAAGGUUUUAGGCAGGUGAGAAGAACUUUAAGCAAAGAAUGCUUUCAAAAAUGGAAGUGUUUAUCAUUUAUUUUCAUCAAUCAACAAAAUGAAG